CCUGCCCAUCCUUCCCCGCCAGAACACUCCCGCUAUGCAACAACACCAGCCCAAUUUCGCCACCGCAGGCUCCGUCGCUCCCGCCGGCGCUUCCGGCACCAGCUCCGAUCACAAGCGCGGCAAAAAGCGGGGAAGCUAUAACUGUGGUCGCUGUGGUCUGCCUAAGAAGGGCCAUAACUGUCACGUUAACAGUCCCAUUCCUCCGUCUGCUGCGACCCCUAUCGAUUCUUCUGUAUCCACCUUUUCUGCCGUUUCCGAGUCUCCAACCCGUCAGCCGCCGCUCCGACAGCCUUAUUCGUAUCUCCGUCGGGCAUUGUCAUUCGAUGAUGCCGAAAACCAAACCGGCGGAUUCGAUCCGCUGGAACCCGACCAUCUAGACGCUGGAUAUCCAGAUUCUUUUAACGUGGAUUCGUGCGGGUGGCCAGUGAACAUUCUAUGGGACGUGCUGCGGAGACUGCCGCCGACGGGGCUUUUGUCGGCCGCGAAUGUGUGUAAAGGAUGGAAUGAUACGGCAAGAAGGGUGUGGAGGGCGGCGGAGGAGCUGAGGCUUAGGGUUCCGGUCAAAGCUCAGCUCGGGUUUGUUGCAUCGAUUUUGCAGAAGUGUACAAGUCUUGCGAGGCUCUCUCUUAGAAUGGAAAGUAACGUUGAUUCAACGAUGCUGGCUUGCAUUGCAUUCUCGUGUCCCAAUCUGGAAUUUAUGGAGAUCUCAACAUCUAAUGCGGCAAUCAAUCGUAUCAAUGGGGAAGAAUUAGGUCGAUUUGUUGCUGAUAAACAAAGCUUAAAAAUCCUGAAAGUGGAAGGCUGUUCUAAUCUUGGGGGUUUUGUACUCUGUUCGUCAAGUCUUACUACAGUCUGGCUAUCGGAUCUAUUCUCGCUUUCUAAGAUGGUAUUUAACUGUCCCCAGUUAAGAGAGAUUUCCUUGGAAUUUUCCCGCAAAGAAACUGAUAGCACUGAUCUCACCACUGUGGUUGAUGGUUUAGGAAGAAGUUGCCCGAAGUUGCAAAAUAUACAUAUAGCUUCAGCUCGGCUUUCUCAUGCUGCCGUGCUUGCUCUUACGGCUGCUCAGUUGAGGGGUCUGCGAAUGCUUUCACUUGUUCUUGGAUCUGAAAUAACCGAUGCUUCUGUUGCUGCAAUCACCUCCAACUAUCCAGAUCUAGAAUUGCUUGACCUCAGCGGAUCUAGCGUCAGUGACAGUGGCAUUGGAAUGAUCUGCAAUGUAUUCCCAGAAACAUUGUCAAGACUCCUACUUGCUCUCUGCCCAAAUGUGACUUCAAGUGGCAUACAAUUUGCUACAGCUCAACUGCCGCAUCUAGAACUUAUGGACUGUGGCAUGACCAUAUGUGAUCCUAAUUGUGAAAAUCGCAUGGCUGAUAAAAACAACCGUGAAUUACCGAAAGCAUCUAGUAUAAAGUUGCCGCUUGUGAACCAAAAGUUAAUUAUCAAACACAGCCGUUUGAAGAAACUCAGUUUAUGGGGCUGUGCUGGCUUAGAUGCAUUAUAUUUAAACUGCCCCCAACUGGAUGAUCUGAAUCUAAAUUCUUGUACAAAUUUGCAUCCAGAUAGACUGUUGCUUCAAUGCCCCAGUCUAGUAAAUGUGCAUGCAUCAGGUUGUCGGGAUAUCUUAGUAGGGGCUAUCCAAAGUCAGGUCUGCAACGCUUUUACUGCUAUGGAAAGCCUAUCACCUAGUAAACGACUACCUGAUGGCUCCAAAAGGAUCCAGGUUCCUUAUUUUCACAGUAGCGAGUCGCCUGAUGAGACAAAAAAGCGUAGGAGAAUUGAGAGACGGCUUUGUAAUGUGAUUGUAGACUGAUCUUUCCCUUGCCUUGAUUAUCCUGUAUACGUGUAAUAUCUUGUCAUCCAAUCUCCAAAUGCAGAAUCCCCUAGGUGCCGAAUAGGUUAAUUCUCUUGUUUGGGUCAGAAUUAAUACCCUUGAUUAUCCUUGUUGCCGCUACCUGGUGUUCAUGAUCAUCCUCGUGAUCAGCAGUCAGUGUAGACAACUCUGAAUGGCUCCUCAAUAUCUAUUAGAAUAAAUUAUUUUUUCGGA